AAGGAGAACUUCUAUCGUGUAGCAAACUGGUUGGUAGAGCGCUGGCACUUCAUCAUGCUUAAUGACACCAAGAGAAAUAUGAUUUAUAACGCAGCAAUCCAGAAGGCAGUGCGCCGGGGCUCCAAAACGGUUCUGGAUAUUGGCACAGGAACUGGAAUACUGAGCAUGUUUGCUAAAAAAGCUGGUGCACACUCAGUAUAUGCCUGUGAAUUAUCCAAGACCAUGUACGAACUUGCCUGUGACGUAGUGGCUGCAAACAAGAUGGAAAAUGGGAUAAAGCUCCUACAUAUGAAGUCACUUGAUAUAGAAAUUCCAAAACACAUUCCUGAAAGGUGUGUUUAUAAUUCACUAAAAACUUUAUGAUACAUUUCCAGCUUAUGUUGACAAAAGUGCUAACGAUGCUUGUUUUCUGAAGAUAUGAUUAUCACCUAGCUUAAUAAAAUACAGAGUUUUAUAAUAACAUGCUUUAAAAAGUACUUCAGAACUCAAGAAAAAUUCACAGUGAGAAACACUUCUUUAGCAUGUCUUUUUGUAUGUUUUUUUAAAAUUUAUUUAUUUAUUUUAUUUAUGAAUACACUGUAGCUGUCUUCAGCCACACCAGCA